GAGAACAAAAUGCUGCAGAAAUGGCGAUGAAAAACUGAAAAACUGUUUUGCUUCCUUGAACUUACUUGGUUCCCUACGUGUCGUCACCGCACUUUCCGUUCCCCGAAAACUUUUCCGUCCCUUUCUCGGGAAAAUUCCAGUUUCUGAGAUAUGUAUAAGAAUCAGUUGCAAGAAUUAGCCCAAAGAAGCUGCUUCAAUUUGCCAUCUUAUUCAUGCAUCAGAGAAGGACCAGAUCAUGCACCUCGAUUCAAAGCUACUGUUAAGUUUAAUGGAGAGACGUUUGAGAGCCCCACCUUCUGCUCUACUUUGAGACAGGCAGAACAUGCUGCAGCUGAAGUUGCUCUUAAUACACUUGCAGAAAGGGGCCCUUCUAUAGCACUAGCUGCAAAAGUUCUGGAUGAGACUGGAGUCUACAAAAAUUUGCUUCAAGAAACUGCUCACAGAGCUGGCUUAAACCUUCCAGUGUACACAACUCUUCGAUCAGGACCUGGCCAUGUACCCUCUUUUUCAUGCAUUGUUGAGCUUGCAGGAAUGAGUUUUACUGGGGAACCUGCUAGGACAAAGAAACAGGCUCAGAAGAAUGCAGCGAUGGCUGCUUGGUCUGCCCUGAAAAGAUUGUCUCGAUCUGGCUCACAGUCCUUUAGUUCAUCAUCUUCCUCAGCAUCAGAAACUAAAAGCAAUGAAGAACAAGAACAAGUUGUCAUUGCUCGUAUCCUUGUAUCUUUGCGACCAUCCGAGCCAAACCACCCUGUGCAGAGUGACUGGCUGCACCAACAUCAGAGAUCGAUUCCUAUGCAGAGGGACAUGAGCACACCAACUCAAAGCGUUUAUCCUUUUCAUUCUGAACACUGGAGAUAUCCUAGUUUUUCCCCGGAAUUGGCUGUGUACCACAUGUGGCAUCAAGAACAGUUAUUGCAACUGCAAAAUCGCCUGUUGACAAUGCCUGUUUCACCAGUCCCUCCUCGCAGCCCUCAGAUUCUUCCAUAUAUGCAGUCUAUUUUCCACCCAGAUCACUAUCUAUAUCUUCCUGCAAGGGAGCAGGAACCUUUACCUGUUGCACCC